AUGGAAGAGUACAUCGUUUUCGACAAAGCUUUGACCAAGGCCGACCACGUCGUUCUGCAGAGCUUAGCCCGGGAUAUCAAAACGGCCAGCUCCGUAAGAUCUAGAAAAUCCAAGGGACGCGAUUCCGAUUGCGACUCUGGCAUAGGAUCUGAGGAGAGCUCUUCCAGUGGGGACGAAGCCAAGGCAUUUCCCCCCCAAGAUGAUGCCACGACAGACCAAGACAUCGCCGCACUCAAGGCGUCAAGGAAUCCUAAAAGUGCCGCAUUCGAACCCACGAUCGUCCUGUCAGUCGAUGAUUGUGACGCUCAUCUUCACCCGCUACUCAACAAUUACUUGCUGCAGCCAUAUAUCCAGCUGGCUCGGAGGAUUGUGCGCCAUGAGACAGAUGUAGCCAUGCUGACACACCUCAUCAUCUACUUCACCACGUCGGUGCCUAGUGCACUGGUGCUCUUUCGACACUUCACCUACACACACGCCGUGCUCCAUUUCGUUAUGCAAAUGUACUACGUGGGAACCUAUACUUUGAUGCAACACCAACAUAUUCAUCAACGGGGCAUAUUGGCCAAGACGUACGGCCUCUUUGACAGAGCCUUUCCUUACAUCCUCGACCCGCUCAUGGGCCAUACAUGGAAUUCCUACUACUAUCACCACGUGAAGCACCACCAUGUAGAGGGCAACGGACCAGAUGACCUGUCGUCGACUAUUCGAUACCAGCGUGACAGCGUCCCCGACUUUCUUCACUACGUCGGACGAUUCUUCUUCCUCGUGUGGUUGGAUCUGCCCUUGUACUUUUUAGGUAAGAAUCGACCCGGCUUGGCGAUCAGAGCAGCUGGUUCUGAGCUCGCAACCUACGCGUACUACUACUUCAUGUCCCGGCUUGUGGGCACCAAGGCAACCCUUUUCGUGUAUAUUCUUCCCUUCCUCAUGUUGAGAGUGGGUUUAAUGGUUGGAAACUGGGGUCAGCAUGCGUUUGUGGACAGUGAUGAGCCGGAUUCCGACUUCCGGUCCAGCAUCACCGUGGUUGAUGUUGCAGUAAGUCUCUCCAAACUCCAUGCCCGGCCCAUGAUUGGAAGAGACACGAGAAAAACUAACGAGGGACAGAGUAACCGAUUUUGCUUCAACGAUGGUUACCACACGUCUCACCAUCUCAACCCCCUACGCCACUGGCGAGACCACCCUAUCUCAUUCCUUGAGCAGAAACACACAUACGCCAAAGAAGGCGCCCUCGUGUUUCAUGACAUUGACUUUCUUAUGAUUACCUUCCGUUUGUUGCGCAAGGAUUACGAACAUCUUGCCAAGUGUCUCGUGCCGAUGGGAGACCAGAUCCAUCUCACAAUGGAUGGCCGGGUCAAGCUACUAAAAAGGCUGACGAGGAAGUUCACAGAGGAGGAGAUUGCAGAAAAGUUUGGAAAAGUUCAGUAA